UUCACCGUACUAAUUUGAAAUGUCAGAUUUUUUUUUAUCCAAUAUCCCAGAAUUGUAAGUAUGUUUUUAGAAUGUGUAUAUGCUGUAGUCAAUGUAUUCGUUUUUUCAACUAUUGGCUAUCUGGGACCUUCAAAUAUUCUAAAUGUGUACGUUUCUGUAAAGUGGGAUAUUUAAUCGAUUUUUUUUAUCUCUUCUGUUGACAUAAGGAUUUAUCAUAUAAAAUGUUCUGUAUAUGAAGAGGGAGGUUGUCACCCGCUUAUUUUGAAUAUCAAUUCAGUUAAAACUAACUGCCCCUUUAAAUGGUUCACGAGCUGUACAUUCCAGCAUCGGGCUUUGUGGCUUGUUGCUAUGUACAUGACGUCACACCUGGCAACCUCGCAGGCACGUUACCCAAACAGAGUGCUUAGCCGAGAAAGUAAAUUGGCACAAAAAAUAAAAAGGUUUGGGGUUCGGUGGGAAGGAGAGAACGAAAUAAAGGAUGCCUCCAAAAAAGAAAGGGAAAAGCGCUGAAAAGGGGGAAAAGAAAGAUAGGGGGAAGGUGAAAGGGGGAACGCCCGCUGGAGAAAAGAAGAUAGAGCAGCCGUUAACAGAGCUGGAGAAGGAGUUCUACCUGAUCCAGAUUCGGGACCUGGAAGAGAGACUCGAGAGAUACCAGCACAAGUGUGAUGAGCUGGAGGUCAGGGAGAAGGACUUUAGCUCUGAAUUUGAUCGCUUGACCAAGGACAAGAAGGAGAUUGUGUCCUUCCUGAAGCGCUCUCUAGACCAGCGAGCGGAUGAACUGGCUGACCUCACUGACCGGCUCAUUGGACUCCAGCAGGCCAAGGAGGCAGAGAAGGAAGCCUGUGAGAAUCAGCUGGCACAGCUCCGACACGAGUUCCAGGAGAGCAAGGACCAGCUCACCUCUGAGAACAUGAUCCUGGCGGGGAAGCUGGCGUCUGUGGAGGAGUUCCGGAUGCAAAAGGAAGAGCUGAUGGGACGGCUCACUGAAAUGGAAGAGCAACUGGAGAAACAGGGGCAGGAGCACCAGACCACCAUCUCUAACCUGGAGAAGAAGGCAGUGGUGGACAAAGACAGGCUGAAGAAGGAGAUGAUGGUACGCGUGGCUGCGGUGGCGGCAGAGUUUCGCCGGGUCUCAGACAAGCAAAUGGCAGAAACCACAAAGAGGAUGAUCCGGGAGAAUGUGUCUGUGACCGCUCAGCUAAGCAAGAGCUCCAGUAAGAGUCUGGAGCUGCUGCAGGAGAACCAGGCCCUGAAGGAGCUGGAGGAGCGGCAGAGACAGCAGUUGGGAGUGCUGGAGCACGGGCAAAAGGACCUAGCCAGGAAGAGCCUCAGCAAUCAAAAGGUGGUGAGAAUAUUGACAGAGAAGUGCAAGGAGCAGCAGUAUGUGCUGCAAGAAUACAUGGAAAAGGAACAUGAGUAUGACCAGCUGAAGUCUGACCAUGCCACCCUACAACAAGAAGUGGAGGUCCUAAGACAGGAGCUGGCCUCAAGGAAAGACGAGCAGGGAAUGAAGCAUGCAGAGGCUGAGGAUCUGAAGAGGUGUCUGAUAGCGGAGCGGCAGAGCAGGGGCCAGCUGGAGAGAGUCCUCAAAGAGGCAGCCUUCGCUCUCAAGGAGGCUCUGCUCGAGGUACCGUCUACUAUGAAGGAGGCUGACCUUGAGAUCCAGACCCACGUGCGCAGGAGGCAGAUGAUGGAGAAGCUGCUUUCCCUGCUGGACAGCGCCGCUCUGCUAGGAGUUGGACCUGCUCUGAAGGAAUUCAAAAGGGAGGCAGCCUCUAUCCAUGAACACAGAACCGAGUCUGGGUCAGACAGACUCUCUGUGCUGCUGAAGGCCCCCAGACUCCUGCCGCACUACAGAAUAGGAGACCUUGGGCUGGUGCCUCUGCCAGAGCAGACCCUCGCUACCACCCUGAACAAAGUGGCACCUCUCUCCAGGAGUACACAGCUUGAGCUGCACAAACACCUGGGCCAGGUAAAUAGUGUGUGUAUUUUAGGGGUCAAACAGGACGUUAUGAUGGCAAUCAGAGCUACACUGCCACACACAGAGAUUUAAAUAUGUCAGUCUGGCUCUUAAUUGUAAAGCAAAAAUGCAGAUGGGAUGCUGGUACAACAGGCCCUGGUUAUCUCUGAACAGCACAGCACCCCCCAUUACCACAUUAGAUAGAGCAGAUAAAAUAAAACAAAAUCAAGCCGGUUCCAAUUUUACUUCUAAAUAGUCUUCAUGCAGUUGUUUUGUGUGAACAGUCUUUGCUGUAUCAGUGAUUAUUUUUAUCACAAGGUAAAGGCAGAAACAUUAAUACAGCCUCCUCUCUUCUAGGACUUGGUGGCUUCAGUCACAACAGCAGGGAGAGCUGCAUCAUUUCUCCCUGAGGUUACUGCUGAAUAACAAAAUAAAAACUUCUACACACAGCAACUGUGUGUGUGUUCCCAUUUGAAGGAAUUGUUAGACGCAGAGCUUUUAUUUUUUAGAUUUCAAAUAAAAACAUUAAAAA